AUGGGAUUAGCGAGCCUCCUGCAAGCGCUGGGCCCCCCAGUGCAGUCCGUCGAGGAAGAGACAUUCGCGCUGUUCGCGCAGGACCUGCCCCAUGAACAGAACCUCGGCUUCGUCGAUGCCAAGGCCCUCUCCCUCGAGCUCACCGUCGCAGGGCGAGACCUGACCAUACACCAGUCGCCGGCCGUCCUCUCGUCAAACCGCGCCGGGGGCACAACAGGAGCCGUCCUCUGGAAAAUAACCCCGCUCUUCGCGGCCUGGCUCGCCUCGCCCACCAGCAACCCGCUCUUCACGCACGGGAUCCUCUCCGCCACCUCCCUCGUCCUCGAGCUCGGCUGCGGCGUCUCGGGUCUCGCCGCGCUGCUCCUGGCGCCGCACAUCGCGCGCUACGUGCUGACCGACCAGGUGUACGUCGCGCGGCUGGUCGAGCGGAACGUCGCGGAGAACUGGGCGGCCGUCGUAACCGCCGCCGCCAACAGCACCGGCAGCAGUAGUGGUAGUGGCGGUGGUGGUGGUGGUGGGCGCGGGGGAGGCAAGGCGAAACAGGGCAAGCCUGCGAAGGCGGCGCGCCGGGCGGUGGCGUCUGCAUCGUCGACGGAGGACGCGGGAGGAGGAGCAGGACAGAAGAUCGUCUUCACGCCGCUCGACUGGGAGACGGACGCCGUGACGGCAGCGCUGGCUGGCGGUGGCUCGGGCGGGGCCAAGAGCUUCGACGUCGUCGUCGCGUGCGACUGCGUCUACAACGAGGCGCUGAUCGAGCCGUUUGUGGCGACGUGCGCGGAUGUGUGUCGGCUUAGGAUAGCGGACGACGACGAGGAGGAGGGCGGCGGUGACCGUGAGGACGGGGUAGCGGUGGAGGGGCGUGGGGAGAGAAACGGUAGGGGGCUAGGGAUAGGGAGGAGGAAGGGGAAAAGGAACCCCUGCGUGUGUGUGGUCGCGCAGCAGCUGCGGGAUCCGCUUGUUUUUGAGGCCUGGUUGGAGCGGUUUGCGCGAUCGUUUCAUGUGUGGCGGGUGCCGGAUGGGUUGCUGGUAGAGGGAUUGAGAUCUGGGUCGGGGUUUGUGGUGCAUAUGGGCGUGUUGAAAAAUGAGGGUGAUGGCGGGAUUAAUUUGGAGGCGAUAUGA